AUGGGUCGGCGAAAAUCUUAUUUAUCUAUUAAAGGCUUUAAAGAAGCAAGUCCAAAUGGCACCCGCAGCCCUUAUAAUGGAAAUCUACCGGUGAAGCAACCGAAAGUACUGCAUAGAUUGCUAUCAAUUGAUGAGAAUGAUAGAUUAGAACUGUUAAGAAAGCUUAAAAAAAGAUCUAAUGAUCAGCUAUUCUCUAAGGUAUCGUUACUUAGGGAAAAAGCGCCUUCUAAGAUUAGAGCUAGCUCAAAAAUGGUAGACUGUUUGUCAGAUGGAUCUAGAUUUAGUGAUAUAAAGGACCAACACUCAUCUCUGUUGGCAACUUCAACGGUUUCUGGCUGUCACAAUUCAGGUUUGAAAUCAGUUUUGCAAAAGUCCGCGAUAAAUGGUCAAGUUGAAAUAUCUGCUGGUAGUCAUGGCAAGGUGACGAGUUUGGAGACAGGUAAACUUAGACUUGGUAGAUCGGCAGAUGGUGCCAUGGAACAUUCGAGGCUGCGAAAAUUUACUUCAAGUUUUAGACAGAGAGAGAAUAUUAAAGGUAAAUUGACCGAUGAUAGUCAUUGUGAUGUCAGUACAGGGCGAUACAUGCCUUAUUCUAGAUCUAAAGAGCAGGAUAGGGAUAUAGUUCCUUGUUUGCAAAUCACUGAGGCUCCUAAGGUCCAGGAAGGUCUCUAUCAGGGUAUUUUGAAUAGUGCCAUACCAAGGGACAGUACGUUUAUGAAUUCAACUGGUUUGACGUCUGAUACUGAAACACUAGAUAAGAGCAACGAUCGCUCAUCAUAUAAUGCAUUAAACAACAUUCAAAGUCAUGCAGCACUUCCUGACCUUCGGACCGAUAAGGGUGGAUCUGCUUUCAGGUCAAUUUCUAAGCAGCAGCCUGUCGGGAGUAUUCACAGGAUCUACUCCAGCUAUAGAUCGAUACAAGCCAGUACUAAGUAUGAUUCUAAACAUAGUCGCAGUCUUGAAAAUGGAGCAGAAAGAGAAGCUGAUUCAUAUGUAAACUCAUCGCCUUCAUAUGGCAGUAUCGAUAGCAUUCCAGCUAGUACUCCCAAGGCAGAAGUUGAAGAUAAAGUCCAUAGAUUCUGCUACAAAUCGAAGCGCAGUAAUGAAGGCAUAGCUGCUUUGCGAAUAGCUUGCUCUGGUGAACCCAAUGAUGUUCAGGAUAGGCUUAGCAAUGGCUGUUUUGAGCAAUUCAGCUCCCAGGUUCAUGAUCCAUGUAAAGAAACCAAUGCAUUCACGAGCGAUAGUUUUUCCUACCCAUACGAUAUAAAAUCAGCUUCCUUUGGGGUAGCAAAAGGACAUGUUAUGGCUACGAAUAUCCGUGACGGUAAUCUGAAGCCUAUAAUACCGCAUCCGAUGCGGCCAGGGACGGUUUACAAGGGUCCAAUAACCCCAUCAACUUCACAAGACUCUCCCUUGGAUGAUAAAACUGAUGGAAUAACUAAUGGUGAUGUUAAAGUAUUUAAUAACUCGGAGAAGUGUUGUCCAAUGAGUCCAUUAGACGAUAGCCAGCAGGCUGAUAACUCUAUAGUCUCUGCUGAAGAUUCAACAAAUUUGGAAAUCGUUAAAUGUAACACUAUGCCAAGAUUUAGUGAUCAAAGGCAAAAUCCCCGCUCUAGUUUUAAUAACAAUGAAGUUUGCAGAAAGCAACAGCAUAAUUCCAUGGCUACCACCGAUGUUGCUUUGCCUUCCCCCGCUAGUGAUAAAAGUAUUCAGAGUUUGAAUCUGUAUACAAAACUCGAGGAUACAGAACCUCAGAUAUCAACAAAGAAUAAUAUAUCCGAUUAUCAUUCUGACAAUGAUAUCCCUCUCAAGGAUUUCUCCAUGAGAAGUCGUACUAGACACAAGCGCAGAGUUAGUUUGAAUUUUGCAAUGAAGGAGCCAGAAAAGUACAUAAGUAAGGCGACAAAAUCGUGGACAUUUCUCUCAAAGAAUCGGCUGGUCCGUUUACUAGGUGAGAGUUUAGUACCUCAUACACCAUUUGCUUCAGAUUCUAGUGUGAGCUGCUCAAAUAAUAUUUGUCAGGGUUCUAAUUUUGGACAAUUUGAUAUCCGCUCCUAUCAGAAAUUGCCGCCAAGAUUGCUAUACCUGGAUCUUUAUGUAUCCAAGAGAAAAAAUAGUGACCAUUCGCAAUUUGCAGGCAUACGAAGUGGAAGAUUUAAGAAAGGACAUUCGAGCUCAUCUGACACAUAUGGUGAGCAACGAAGAUUAAGUUUUGAACCAGAGAACGAUAUUUUGCAACCGUCAACAGAUCCUGAAACUAUUAGCCAGGAUCCUCCUGAGAUCGUGAAGCUACAGUCUCAGAUUACGACAUUGGCAAACGAUGUCAUGAAUUAUGAAGUUCAACUUGCAUCAUUGCAUGGCCAACUGGUUGCCAAGCAGAACAAGAUCGACCAACUAAAAACUUUACAACUCAAGUUAUUGGAGGAGUUGGAUAGAUCAAGUAAAACAGCAGAGAGCAUACGGAAAACAUUGGAAGCCCAGGUGGCAGCUGCAGCUGCAGAUAAGGCUGCAUCAGUUGAACAUUACAAAGGUCAAGUUCAUGCUUGUCAUGAGGAAAUUGAUGCCUUAAAAAUCGAGCUUGAUGAAAUGAGAAAUAGUCCCAAUGUAUUAAAGGCGACACUGCUUGAGGAAUUAUCAAACUUAUAUCAAAAACUGGAGGAAAGGAUAACAGAGCUUGGUACCUUGACUGAGAGUGUAAAUAUCAAGAUUGACAAGUCAAAAGAAUUGCAGUCGCGCUUAAAUUCAUCAAUAGAAGAUCACCCAAAAUUUAUUGAAUUGAGGGAUAAUUAUCUGACUAUGAAAGGUAAACUGGAAUCCGAACUGCAAUACUCAAAAAUGCACCACUGGAACCUGAGGAGAGAGAUAAUUCCUAAAGAGAAAAAGCUUAGCGAGCAGAGGGCCCUGCUGCUUAAAUAUCAGCAACUAUGUUCAAGACAGAACAAAGCUGUACUCUCAUUACAGAGUGAAAUGAUUACUAUGAAGGGCAAAACUGAGGAGCUGCAAACGAAAUACAAGGACCAGAUUGCUCAGACCGAGGUUUGGAAGGAAAAUACGAUGAAGUAUAAAGUCCAUAACGAGAAACUGGCAAAUGAAAAAAAGGAGCUAGUUGAAACAGUUGCAGCAUUAACUGCGAAAGUAAAUCAGCUCAUUGCGAAUAAAAAACUAGAUAGGCUGCCAUAG